AUGAAGCUGCAACUGCAUGUGUGGGGCCCUGCCUUUGACUUGCCCUCAAUCGAGGCGCAAUGCUUGGCUGCUAUCGCAUAUUGCUCUCUAACUCUCCCCAAGGACUCGUGGGAGCUCGUCGCAAGCAGCGAUCCCUCCGUCUCCCCUACGGGUGAGCUGCCCGCUCUUCAGAAUGGAUCAGUCUGGGUGAGCCGGUUCCGCAACAUCGUCGACUACCUGAGGAAGUACUCGAACGGGGAAUGGGAUCUGGAUCAGGACUUGAACGAGUCAGAUCAGGCCGAUAACACAGCAUUCUCCUCUUUCAUCGAAUCCCGCGGCCAAGCUCUUAUCGAUCUCUCCCUGUACGUGAGCAGUCAAAAUUACAACGGCAACACAUCGCCUGCCUAUGGUGCCCUCCUCCAAUGGCCAAACCAAUGGAUCCUCCCACCGAAACUGCACAGCGCCGCCAAGGCCCGCACCGAGCACCUGGGUCUUUCGUCCUUGGACCUGCAGGCCAUGGAGGAAGAACGGCAACGAAAGCAGUCGGCUGCAGUAGCCACCGGACAAAUCCCGAAAAACUUCAUCCAGUCGCCACGUGAAACCGUGUCGGGUCUUCUAGGCCGAACAGCCCAGCAGAACCACUUCCGUAUCGAUGCCCUGACAGGAGAGUUCUUCGAGCCGUUAGAAGCUAUGCUGGGCCAGAAGUCCUACUUGCUCGCAGCCAAUGAAACCGACUCGCCAGCUAGUCUGGACUGCAUUGCGCUCGGCUAUCUUUCCCUAUCGCACAUCCCCAAUCUCAGCCAGCCCUGGCUCCAUGAGUCUAUGCGCGCCAAGGCCCCGCUGCUGUCGGCGUACACGGAGCGUAUGCGCCUUCGCUGUUUCGGUCAAGCCCCAGCUGAAGUGGCGCAUGCGUUCGCGCCACUGUCGGCUCCUCCUUCUUCGUUGCCCUGGCGUGCACCGGGCCGUCUUUCCGUCGCUGCUGUCGGUAGUACGCUCCUCGCUACGUUGGCGGAUUCCACACCUUUCUUACGGGAUAUCCGUAUGAAUAACCGUCUGAAGCAAGAAGCCGAGUCAGAAGACUCGGAGCUGAAUCCGAUCGAACGCAAUGCUUUGUCUAUGUUUGCUGAUGCUAGUAAGAAGGAUAUGUACGUGUCUAUCGCGGCUGUUGUGGCUGGUACCGCCGCUCUGGUGGGCUACAUGUUUCAUGCUGGGUUGAUUUCAGUCACCACACAGAGCGAGGAAGAAGAAGAGGAUGAUUUCGAAAUGUACAAUCCAGGACAGGCGGGUGACUUCCUAGGUAGUUUGGGCGAUACAGGUAUCUUUUGA